UGGGAAGUGAGAAGCGAGUGAGAGCGAGCCAGCAGAGCCAGAGUAGACCCUUCGAUUCAGGGGGAAGACAUUUUGAAAGCGCAAGUCGAGAGCCGUCCGUCGAGAAUUUCUUGCUGGCUCGAUGAUUUUCAUUGAUCAUUGCUGUUGGUGGUGACUGAAUGUGAACGAAUCUAGCAGAGCCAGCCCAGUGUGACAGUGAGUAGACGAAUACAGAGCGUGUGCGAAGGAGGAGUUGUGCAUUCUUCUAUCGGUUGGAAUAUUGGUGAUUUUAGUGAUAUUCGGGUGGAGAAUAUCGGUAUUACCGAGGUGGAAAGAUAUUUUCCACAUCGCAGCAAUCGUUGGCCGUCCGAAUGUGGCCGGACAGGGUUUAGUUAGUGCAGUUCCGAGUGGCCAAAAGUCCAGGCCGUGUCCAGGGCCGAAAAUCCGAGCGUGAAAAUUGUGUGAAAGAUUUACGUUCCUCUCUGCUGCUGUGCUGGUUGGAUCUCCUGUAUUGGUCUUUGUGGUUUUUUGUGCUGUGGUGCCAUUUCGUUCUCGCACACGGGACGGGUCGGAAUCUUUUCUUUCGAUAAGUCGGUUCCUCCGCGCGCGCUUCCGCCCCCGCUUAAGGUUGUGGGCUGUGUGUUAUUUUACUUUUUUCCCAUUCAGUACCGAGCAAAGAAUAGUGUGUAUGUAUGUUUAGUGUGUGCAUGCGUGUAGUGGUGCGUGCUGGAUGAUCAGGGCACAUACGAGUCAAGCAAAAUAAUAUACAUCGCAGGUUUUGGAAUCCGAUUUCCGAAUCCAUAAAAAAGAAACGCACGGGGAAAAGUGCUUCGUGAUUGGGAAUAGUUUUAGCGAAAAAGAUUCCGCCCGAAGUAGGCCGCGGCAGUGAAAACGCGUUUAGAAUCGGCCAUUUACUUGGAGUGCACAGUGAACUAGGAUUGAUUUAAUUAAUCCUAGGAAGAAAAUCUCAAGGCAGAAGCACUGCUAGUGUUGGUACACACAGGUGAACGAAGCAGAGAAGAGAAAACGAUACACGGGAGGAGGAGUAGCGGUGGAAGCAGGGGCCAGCAAAAAACAGGAUGUAUCUCAAAAGAAUUCACAUAUCGACGAUACUGUUGGCAUGUUUCAUGCUGACAGCGCCGUGGUCUAGUGCCUUGGCACAGGAUGAACAGAAAUCAAAUAACCGCAACAGUCAGUCGCUGUCGGCAUCGUUUGGUGCGGGUGGUUCCAGUCCGAAUAAUGACAUCUACAUCGACGACGAAGGCCUCGAGGGUUCCGGAAGCAGAGGAGAGAUUCGCGACGAUCUAGAGAAGGAAGACGACGAAUCUUCCGGCUCCGGGUACGGGGACGAUGACGAGGACUCGUCCGCGCGAGGUUCCAGUCGUAGCAACAGCAACACCGGCAUCUCGAACAUAGGCCUCGGCGGCGGCGGAAGCUCCAAGGGCGACAGCGGGGACAGAAGCUCAUCCGGCGGAGCAGGUGGUUCCAUCGGCGGCGGAGGCCACGCCGGAUCAGGUGAUCAUGAGCUCGACGGGCGCGAAGAUGACGAUGAAGAUGAUGAUCUCUACACUGAGACCAAAAGACCGUCCAUUGAUCUGGGCCCGACCGACGACGAAGAUAUGCCAAUCGACACGAGCAAGUCGGGCGGCAGCGUAACGCACGGCCAGGGUCACGGUCACUUACCGGACGGAACCGAUCCGGAGAUCUACACCCCGCGCAUUCCGCCAACGGAGGGCGGCCACGAUAGCAACAACCCGUACGGCGGCAGCGGAGUCCUGAUCAUGAACGCCAAGAAUGAGGACAGGACUGCGAGCUUCUUCGCGCAGCCGGGCAUUCUCGCAGCUGUGAUUGGAGGUGCCGUAGUCGGUCUGCUCUGUGCCAUCCUGGUGGUGAUGUUCAUCGUUUACCGAAUGCGGAAAAAGGACGAAGGCAGCUACGCCCUGGACGAACCGAAGCGGUCCCCAACGGCCAACACCUACGCCAAGAACGCCAACAAUCGGGAGUUCUACGCCUGAGACUACUCGAUCGACUCCAGUGACGGUGAUUUGUAAGCUGCGUUCGUGUACGAAUCUUGCGCAUCGGCGUUGCUCUCUCUCACUUUCCGCAAAAGCAAAACAAAAAAGAAAAGCAUGCUAACUUCUGUUGAUUUGAGAGCGGUCCAGCGGGGAUGGCCAUCAGUAGUGGUAAACGGAACAAAUACGCACGUGCGUUAGAAUGUAGAACAAAACUAGUAACUCAAACAGAAAGCUGCGGGUAGAUUGCUUUUUAAGACGUAAGAAAAGAAAAACUUUCCGAGAAGAAUUCUGACUUAGGGCAAAAUUUUAAUGGAAACGUAUUGAAGCUGAGAGUGACGGCGGCAUUUUACACAAACGGCGAGUCACAACUGAACUGUAGAGUCGUGUCGACGGAGUAUAUUCAGCAGAAGAAUUUCAGUAAAAGAUUUUUCACGGUGCGAUUUAAUGUUUUAGUAGGCGAUUGAUUGGUUGUUCAAUUUUUUUUUUGUGACCGAUAAGUAGCGAGAGAGAGCGAGACAGCAAAGGGACCCACAGUAGGCGCGGGUGCGGUGCACCUGACGCCUACUGGGAGCACGAUUAUAAAUAUUUUUAUUUUACUUUUCGGUUUAUUUCAAGCAAAUAUUUGUUUAGUAGGAAUCGUGGCAACUGUUUUUUCAAUUCUUUUUAGCGAGUAAUGUAAAAGAUAAAAAGUGUAACGUUGCAGCAUUUAUUACGGAUGGCAGGCAUAUUUACUCAUUCUCAUACGCAGUGAAUUAACGCUGAAGAUUGAAAACAGGCAAAGUUUUAACGUGUAAGGAAAAGGCUAAAAAUCGUUUAUAUAGGAGUAAAUAGAUGUUACAUAUUUAUAAUGGAAUGCUUUGCGAUGGAGAAGUGGAGGCAAAACAGAGAGGAAAUAAAGUUUAUUUUAUUUUUUGAUUCGGGUCGCCUUCUUUUCUGUUCUAGCGUCACGGCAAUUUUAUUUUCGAACAACAUUUGAAGAAACAUAUAGGAAAAAUCUUAAAUACUAAAAAUUACAUCCGUAAAAGGAAGAAGACGAUUGAUACUUUAUUGUUAAAGUAUGGUAAUUAUAAUACAAAAAAAAAAGUUUCGGAGAAAAUUGAGAAAUCUUUGUAUAGGACGAAAGUAUAUUUAAAACUAUUAUUAUUUAUAAAAUUACUCAUAACACUUUUUUAACACUCAAUAAAACAGAUAAAACCCGUAUACAGUCUAACGAAAACGAAAAUAGAAUCGGUUACAUUUAAUCCUGAUAGCAAUAACACUCGAACAAGCAGAGUUUUUAAUCGGCCUGUCCUUUAUGUUCAGAAUUUGAAAAUCCCCUGUGAGGAGGAACUUUUUUAGCGAAAAAAAUGUGCAACGCAACCUAACGGCGAAUUGAUCUACAAAUGUUUUCAGUGUUUUUCUCCUCGGGUAAAAGUGCAAACAAAUCGUAUGAAUUAGGAUGAAAUCGGGCCAAACGGAGAGAAAACGUUUGCUAACUUAAUUAGGUCGGUUAUAAUUUUGCGUUGGCUAUAGUCACACAACGGAAUUGAGCCACCAGAGGAAGAUCCAAAAACACUGAACCAAAUAAGCGUGUGGAAUCGUAACUUGAAAUGGAUUGAUUUUAGAAAUUCGUACAUAGUAGGUAGACACGGAUUGUCAGCUAAAUGUGGCGUUUAUGUUUUGGGUUGAUUUUAAGAACGCUAGUUCAGAAUGAGAUUUUGGAAUGCUCUUCAUCAGAAGAUAUUCCUUGACUCUGUGACUCUUAAUGAAAAAUUGUUUUUUAAAUCUAUUAAGUGGAGGUUAACUCGAAACAGAUAUCACACAUACAACUAGCUUUUUACUAAAUUAUAAACAGAAAUAUUGAAAACAAAACGUAUGUAUAAAUCCAGUGGUCGCAAAAUUUACUAUUAUGAUUAUCAUUGUAAUUAGUAUAGUGAACCAACAAACAAAAAACGAUGUGACGUCAUGGAUCUAACGUAAUGUUCACCCCAUCUGAAUAGGCGUGUUAAUCAUGCAAAGCCCCCAAAAUGAAAACAAGUAUUACCAUAGCAACCAGAUAAACAAAAUCUCUCUCUACCAGAGCGAGAGAGUUAUAUUUUUACUCGUUUGAUCAGCCAAACCUUGCACGUGCCCGAAAAUAAGGAAAAAUGUACUCAUGUUUAGAAAAAA